AUGGCGGAAGUUCUGGGUCUCGUCGCCUCCGGCCUCAGCGUUGCGCAGAUCGCAGGAUCCAUCGUGAUCACCAGCCUCAAAGUCAAAGCCCUGCUGGACGAGGUCAAGGAUGCACCGGAAGGCUUGAGGAACAUGCUUGACCACAUCGAGCUCCUCGCUCCUAUCCUCUGCGAAGCGACCGCAGGGGGUGACGAGGGCGCAGGCACGAACCUGGCGCUGUUACCUGCGACCUCACACCUGCAGCAAGCAAUGCAGAGAGCACUCGCGGCAUGCCAGGCAGCGGGCGAGCAGCUCGAGCUUUUGGCUAGAAGCCUCAUGUCUCAGAUCGAGGCGGCUCGUGGCGGUGUGAGGCGAAAGCGUGCCGCGGUCAAGAUCGUGCUCAAGAGGGGCACGCUGGCGCAAUACGAGACACGCCUUCAGAGGACCGUCCAGCUUUUGAGCUUGGCCCAGAGCACCUACAUGAUCGCGUUGCAACAAUCACAGCCCGAGACCAUCGUUUCCCAGCUCAUGUCCGCACUUGCUCUUUCACGUCGAAGCGCUCACGACCCCACGAUGAUACCCCACGACGGGAGCCCGACCCAGAUCAACCGUCCUCUUACGGUGACAGAACGCCGAACAUCGACUCACCAAAAUGCCAGCGCCUUUCACGAGUGUUGGCAGCUGGGCCUCGCCAAGGUGACAGGACUCGUCCGGAUCCAUACACCGCCAAGAGACAAGGAUUGUCAGACAACCAGCUCAGCACAGGACCGAGUUCUGCGGAUCCAGGUGCAGAUGCCUACAUGGCUUUGUGCCUCCGUUUUCGACGUGGUGUUCUCUCGAAGUUAUGCUGGCUGGGACUGUUCCUUGAACGUGUACGGCCGUCUGAGGGAGGGUUCAAUGGAGUUUGAUCACGUUACGGAUGCUAUAAUUGAUGACGACGUCGAGGCAAUCCACCAUCUAUUUCAGGAGAGACGGUGUGGCCCACGCGACCUUUUGGUGUGGCACGAAGACGGUGAAGAGAGUCUGCUUUCGUAUGCAGUGGGAGCUGGGGCGUGGCAAGCAUCCGUGUACCUGCUCAACUACGCGAAAAAGGUGCAUCUUACGUCGCAGCCUUGCUCGAACACGAUCUAA